GCCCCAUGCGGAUCUUCGUCAACGAUGACCGGCACGUGAUGGCCAAGCACUCGGCCGUGUACCCGACGCAGGAGGAGCUGGAGGCCGUGCAGAACAUGGUGUCCCACACGGAGCGGGCGCUCAAAGCCGUCUCCGACUGGAUCGAUGAGCAGGAGAAAGUGAGCGGGGAGCAACCCGAGCCGGAGUCCAUGGAGACGGCGCCCGAGGAGGAGAACAAGGAAGGGGGGGAUCAGAAAGCCACGGAGCAGCUGACCAGGACCCUGCGGGGAGUGAUGCGCGUCGGGCUGGUGGCCAAAGGCCUCUUGCUGAAAGGGGACUUGGAUCUGGAGCUCGUUCUGCUCUGCAAGGAUAAACCCACCACGGAGCUCCUGGAGAAAGUAGCUGACAACCUCGGAGUCCAGCUUGCUGCUAUUACUGAAGACAAGUACGAGAUAAUCCAGUCCGUCGGCGACGCUGCCAUCGUCAUCAAGAACACGAAGGAGCCGCCGCUGACCCUGACCAUCCACUUGACCUCCCCGGUGGUCCGGGAGGAGCUGGAGAAGCAGCUCGCCGGAGAAACGCUAUCAGUCACCGACUCCCCGGACGUUCUGGACAGGCAGAAAUGCCUUGCUGCCUUGGCGUCACUGCGGCACGCCAAGUGGUUCCAGGCCAGGGCGAACGGGCUCAAGUCCUGCGUCAUCGUGAUCCGAGUGCUGCGGGACCUCUGCACGCGGGUUCCCACCUGGGCUCCGCUCCGGGGAUGGCCUCUGGAGCUGCUGUGCGAGAAAUCCAUCGGCACCGCCAACCGGCCGAUGGGAGCCGGCGAGGCCCUGCGGAGGGUGCUGGAGUGCCUCGCCUCGGGAAUCGUCAUGCCAGAUGGUUCUGGUAUUUAUGAUCCUUGUGAAAAAGAAGCCACUGAUGCUAUUGGGCAUCUAGACAGACAACAAAGGGAAGAUAUCACACAGAGUGCUCAGCACGCUCUGAGACUUGCUGCUUUUGGCCAACUGCACAAAGUCUUGGGGAUGGACCCUCUCCCUUCCAAAAUGCCCAAGAAACCAAAGAACGAGAACCCCAUUGACUACACUGUCCAGAUUCCUCCCAGCACCACGUACGCCGUGACCCCCCUGAAGCGCCCCAUGGAAGAGGAUGGGGAGGAGAAAUCACCCAGCAAAAAGAAGAAGAAGAUACAGAAAAAAGAGGAGAAGCUGGAACCCCCGCAGGCCAUGAACGCGCUGAUGAAGCUCAACCAGCUCAAACCGGGCCUCCAGUACAAGCUGGUCUCUCAGACCGGGCCCGUUCACGCCCCCAUCUUUACCAUGUCCGUGGAGAUCGACGGCAGCACCUUCGAGGCCUCGGGGCCUUCCAAAAAGACAGCCAAGCUGCACGUGGCCGUGAAGGUAUUACAGGACAUGGGGCUCCCCACCGGCGUGGAGGGCAAGGAAGCCGGCAAGGGCGAUGAAUCGGCCGAGGAGAGCGAACAGAAGCCCGUGGUGGUCGCUCCUCCUCCCGUGGUGGAAACGGUGGCGACGCCGGCGGCCGCGUCUCCUCCUUCGGAUCAGAGCGCCGAGAAUGUGAAGCAGCAGGGACCAAUCCUGACCAAGCAUGGCAAGAACCCAGUGAUGGAGCUUAAUGAGAAGCGGCGCGGGCUCAAGUAUGAGCUCAUCUCCGAGACGGGGGGCAGCCACGACAAGCGCUUUGUCAUGGAGGUGGAAGUGGAUGGGCAGAAGUUCCAAGGGGCCGGUUCCAAUAAGAAGGUGGCCAAAGCCUACGCCGCGCUGGCCGCCUUGGAGAAGCUCUUCCCCGAUGCUCCGGUGCCCAUCGAGCAGAACAAGAAGAAAAGAGCCCCCGUGCCCACGAGAGGGGGGCCCAAAUUCGCCGUCAAGCAGCACAACCCCGGCUUCGGGAUGGGAGGCCCCAUGCACAACGAGGUGCCCCCCCCACCCAACAUGCGCGGCCGCGGGCGAGGCGGCAACAUCCGAGGCCGAGGGAGAGGCCGGGGGGGCUUCGGGGGCAACCACGGGGGCUACAUGAAUGCAGGAGGUGGCUACGGGAGCUAUGGUUACGGAGGAGGCAACUCGGCCACUGCCGGCUAUAGCCAAUUCUACAGCAACGGCGGCCACAGCAACUCGGGCAGCGGCGGCGGCGGCUCCGGCGGCUCCGGUUACGGCUCCUACUACCAAGGAGGGGACAACUACAACUCCCCGGUGCCCAAGCACGGGGGGAAGAAGCAGCAGCACGGGGGGCAGCAGAAAGGCUCCUACGGCUCCGGCUACCAGGCCCAUCAGGGCCAGCAGCAGCAGGCCUACAACCAGAACCAGUACGGCGGCGGCGGCGGCGGCAACUACGGCCCGCCGCAGGGCAAGCAGAAGGGCUACAACCACGGGCAAGGCAAUUACUCAUCCUACUCCAACUCGUACAACUCGCCCGGAGGGGGAGGCUCUGAUUACAGCUACGAGAGCAAAUUCAGUUACGGCAGCAGCGGCCGCGGCGGCAACAACUACUCCGGUGCUUCCUACAACACGGGCGGCUACGGGGGGGGCUCGGGGGGCGGCGGCUCCUCCUACCAAGGUGGAUAUUCCUCCCAAUCCAACUACAACUCCCCCGGCUCCGGGCAGAAUUACAGCGGCCCCCCCAGCUCCUACCAAGCUUCCCAAGGCGGCUACGGCAGGAACGACCACAGCAUGAGUUACCAGUACAGAUAGAGCCGCGGCUCCGGGGCCUCCGGGCCCUCCGGAAG